AUGCAGGAGUUAUCCACUAGUUUAACUAGCAAGCUAAUAUUGCUAGUGUCCACAUUCUCGGUGUUACUGCUCGCUAACGUGACAGUUGCUACCCCGAACGUCACUUCCUGCCGCUGUCUCCCACAAGAGAGCUGCUGGCCCACGCAACAGGAUUGGUUUUCCUUUAAUCGCUCUAUCCAAGGGAAUCUUGUCGCAGUCCGACCCGUUGCGGAUGUCUGCUACCGAGCAGAAUUCGACAAGGAAGCAUGCCAGAAAAUCACUGCGUCAUGGUCAUAUCCCCGGCUGAGCCUGGUGCGGUACAAUGGGAGAAUUGGGAAGCUUGGCCGGAACGGGAUGAGAGGUGCUAUAAUGAGACUUCGAACACAACAUGCAGCCAGGGAAGCGUCUCACUAUACUCGGCAAAGUCGAGACUGUAUCUCAAAUCCAGGACACAAUUCAUUUGCCGAAGCCCAUAACAUACGACUUGUGAUUAGGAACUCAGGCCACGACUUCCUAGGCCGCUCCUUGGCUCCUGAAUCUCUACAGAUCUUUACCGGAACAUUUCAAAAUAGCAGCGGCGAAGGCCCCGCUGUCACCGUCGCGGCGGGUGUGAGCGUUUCGGCUUUGUACGAUGCAGUCUCGGAGCAAAAGCAAACAGUCAUCGCAGGAGCCGCGAGAACUAUCGGAGUUGCUAGUGGCUGUAUCCAAGGAGGAGGGCAUUUCGUUUUUGGACCGUGGAAAGGGCUGGCCGCGGACAACGCUCUUGAGUUCGAAGCGGUGUUAGCCAACGGAAUACUUCUUUAUGCCAAUGAAUACCAGAAUUAUGACUUAUUCUGGGCCCUGCGAGGUGGAGGUGGAGGCACUUUUGGCGUCGUUGUCAGUGUCACAGUCCACACGUUUCCUGAAGUUCCAGUCGUGGUAACCAAUCUCAAUAUCACCACUGCGCUCGGUAGUUCCCCAAAUUUCUGGGAUGCACUUGCUGGGUUUCAUCGAGCUCUACCUUGGUUUAAUGACGCUAACAGCGGCGGUUAUUACCUCGACUGGCCAAAGUACUCCCGUAAUGCGACUACGGAUAUCUCCAUGAUAUCUGUCUUCUUGGUGUUUGCCAGCACAUCAGACACUGUCAAGGCCGACCGAGUAUAUUCGUCCUUGAUUUCAAAAUUGAAUCAGGUUCCGGGUAUCACCACUCAAUACAAGUCUUUCGUAUCCCCAGGCAUCAACUCCACCAUGCCGGCCGUUCUAUCACAAUCAAUUGGCACGGGUGGUAUCGGUCUUAUGAUGUCACGUUUAUUUUCUAAGGACCUCUUGAUCUCUGGAAAUAGCCCUGAAGGCUUGACGAGGGCAUUACGCAACCUCAGAUAUUCUUCCGAUGAGCCAAUUACAGGAGUUGUGGUCGCAGGUGGCACCGCCGCAAGCACAUUCACGCCCGCAUCCCAAUCAUCACCAAAAAAAGCUAGCAAAAUAUCUGGCGACUCUUGCGCGGUGAUAACAAGCCGUCGAAUAUAUAGUCUCAAGCCAACGAACGGUGGUGGUGAUGUAACACAUGGGCCCAGCGAGAUGUCGUCGACGUGA